AAAAGAUAUGGAGAGUGAUUAGAUAACAUUGUUUUAGUCAGAAAUAUUACCUGAGAUGAUUUAUAAUUACUAUAAGAUUCCAGCUGAUUUGAAGAAAGCUGAAUUACAUGGAGUACUUCUAAUAAUUAAAGUAAGAAUUCUUUUAAAGCCUACUAAGAACCUGUAAGCAAUUCCCCUUAAUGUCUUUGCUGUGAUUAUUAUCAAGAUCAUAUUAAAUAUUCAAUAUGUAGUGAUUUAAGAAAAUCAGAAAAUUGUGAGAUAGCAUCUGAUUACUUUGAAACUAUUAAAUGGAUGAUACUAUCAUUUCUUCCUAUUUGGUAUACAAGAGUUAUUAAUAAUUAGUAUUAUUGUUGUCCCUUUUU